AAGGGGAGAAACGAACAGCCAAAAACUCACGUUCGACUUGUGGAAUUGAAGACAAGGGUGUAAAUGAUGCACGACAGUAAAAGUCAAGAGGGAACAGUGUUCCCGCUCAGAUUUAAAAAUGUAUUUAAUUGUUUUUAUUGGUAGAAAUAGGGUUAAAGUGUUUCUGGUGGCAGGUUUAGAGUAAACUCUGAGAUAAAUAAAACUUUGGAUGAAUACCAAGGGAACUGAAACUGUGACCCUGUGUUUCUCUCCUGUUUCUUUAUUUUUUCAUUGACUCAGGUGUAUCAAAGCACAUGUUGAAGGGCAUUAUUACUAGAGGUUUACUUUCAGAAUCAAAAUUCUGGUUAGAUAUUAUUUUAUUACUCAGGACUAUCUAAAGUUAUCAUCUUUUAUGUGCUGCCAUUUCUUUGAACACAUUCAAACAUUACGCAACAUUAAGUCACCCUCAGUUCAAAACAAAACCUCUGCAUGCCCCUCUUAGAGGCCGUGUAAGCAGUUGUAAUAAAGUCACUGAAUAAAAAAGAAAACAUCUGUAAAAGAGAGAAUAAGGAAAUGAAAAUAUGAAGAGAAAAAUCGUUAAUAAAACAUAGUUGAUUACCACAGUACAACUUGACCACUGCCUACAGCGAUAUAUUGGUAUCUUCGUAUGAUUAGGGUUACAGAAAGGUCUCCACAGUAGCGUGAUGGGAACAAAUAUGGCACUUAAACCAAAGGCUAAAUGUCACAAUAACAUCCAAACCCCAGACUGGCAAAGAAAUCUAAGAGAAAUAACAAAGAAAAAUGUAACUUUCAUGAUUUAGCUCUGUGGUUGGGAAGGCGUAGAAAUGUGCCACCUGAGCCUGUGUUUAGCCUUUGCCAUUUAGUUGUGUUUUUUCUUGUCUGACAUGGAGGGGCGGAUACAGGCUGGAGAGAAAAGGCAGAGGAGAGAGGAGAGAGAGAGAGAGAGGGGACAGAUUACUUUGGGUAUUACAUAACACUAACAUUUUGGCCCAGGCAAAAAUAGCUCCUGUAGAGGUCGCUGUAAAGGUCAGCCUGAGCCUGAUACCCUUUCAUUGUGGAGUUCAAGUCUAGGAGUGAUAGGAGUAGUAGUUCAGAUAGAUAUGAAAUAAUAAGAAAUAUGACCCACAGAGCCUUGUGUAUCAAAUCUUAUUUGACAUUAAUCUUUGUUUCAUCUCACUAUGCUGAUUAGAUAUUUUAGCCAACAAGCCAUAUUAGCAAUGAUUAGUGUAAAACUGAAUCUUGUAACUUUGCAGUACGUUAGCACAAGACUCCCUCCUUCCAGACCUACAAGACCUUUAAGGGAGUCACCUUUGACUUUUCAGUCUUGAGCACCGGAACAAGGCGAUACAGUUAGAAGGUCAGAUGGUUCCUGAGUUAGAGGUUGCAGCCCAUCAUGAGAUUGAUGUUAACAUGAGAUUAAACAGUGUGUGAAAAUUUGCUUCAUGUGAGUUUAUGAGAUUUGGCACCCAGCAGAGUAAACAGAGGUGUGAAGGAAAACUUCAGGUGACGAUAACGAUCUUCUUCCCAUUAGGAUGUUGGGAGGCUGAGAAGAAUGAAGCCUGUACCUAAGCUGCGUGCCUAGCUAACCCAUGGGGAACUGACAGGAACAGUGCUGGAUGGAGGCCAAGACACUGGAUGGCGAAGACGAGGAAGCACACAGUAUUGUGGAUCGCUUGUGUUGUUUGUUCUCUUUCUCAGCCGACCCAAAGUAGAUGCAAAGUAUUCUGCAAUGUGCCUCAUUUGUUCUUUCUGUCACGUGUUGCCCAUGGAGAGAUGGCAAAAAGAAUAAAAAGGAUAGGCAGCCAAGGAUAAAGAAUCUAUUUUACUGCAUGUGGGGGUUGCAGUUUUAUUUCUGCAAAUUUUAAGGUGAUAACAAAAGACGUGUAGACACUAGAUAACAUUCUAACAACAACCUCACACUUUUGUUGGAUUCAUAUGAAUUAGAAAGCACAGGGGAGACAGUACUUGUAGAUAGGAACCAUCAUGGGCAGGUGUAAAGGCAAGACCUCCUGGUUACUGUUGGUAGUUUGGCUGGUGUUAAGAGGAAUAGCUUUGGAAUAUGAGGGUGUACCUGGUCAAUGGACACGCUAUGGUCAGUGGGAUGCGAGAGCAACAGGUGAGCUCAGCUUUAUACUGAAAACCAACGUCAGCAAAGCCCUGGUGCUCUACCUGGAUGAUGGAGGAAACUGCGACUUCCUGGAGCUUCUAAUUGCAGAGGGGAGGCUCCAGAUGCGAUUCACCAUCCAUUGUGCUGACCCAGCCUCCCUGCACACAGAAACGCGUAUCAACGACCUGCGCUGGCACAGAAUCCUUCUCUCUCGUAACUACAGAGAGACUAAGCUGGUGGUGGACAACGAGGAGAAAGUGGCCGAGGUGAAGUCCAAGAGAAAAGAGAUGGUAGUGGCCAGUGACCUGUACGUGGGGGGAAUCUCACCUGAUGUGCGCCUCUCCGCCCUGACGUCAAGCACUGUUAAAUAUGAGCUGCCGUUCCAGGGCCUCAUAGCCAAUUUAAAAGUGGGCGAGGGGCUACCGGUGUUGUUGGAUGGUCAAGCUGUUCAUAGUGAUUUGGAGUACAUAUGUGCCACACACUCCCCGUGCAGCAACAAAGGCCUGUGUUCCAUCAACCAAGGAGAGGUCGUCUGUGACUGUAUCAACUCCAGCUACAGGGGAAGGUACUGCCAUGAAGCUGUCCAGAGAGAAGUUGAAGGUCUGGCGCACCUGAUGUUAAACCGCCAAGUUUUUCGCCAAGGGCAGGAGCAGUCAGUGGCCACCUUCAAAGGCAAUGAGUUCUUCAGCUACAACCUCUCCCAGACUCCCAUUCAGAGCAGUUUGGAUGAGAUCACGCUCUCCUUCCGCACCCAGCAGAGGAACGGCCUGCUGCUUCACACGGGGAGGUCGGCUGACUAUGUCAACCUGUCCCUGAGGAACGGAGCCUUGUGGCUGGUCAUCAACCUGGGCUCGGGUGCUUUCGAGGCACUGGUGGAACCGGCCAGUGGGAAGUUCAAUGACUACGUCUGGCACGAUGUUCGAGUGACACGCAACCACCGUCAGGUGACGAUCUUGGUGGAUGGGAUUCUCACCACUACUGGCUACACUCAGGAGGACUACACCAUGCUGGGCUCUGAUGAUCUCUUCUACAUAGGAGGCAGCCUAAACACAGCUGACCUGCCAGGCUCGCCAGUCAGCAACAACUUCAUGGGCUGUCUGAAAGAUGUGGUCUACAAGAAUAAUGAGUUUAGACUGGAACUGUCACGGCUGGCUGAACAGCGAGACCCUAAGAUCAGUAUCCAUGGUGACCUGAUAUUCAGCUGCGAGAAUGUGGAAGCCCUGGAGCCGGUCACCUUCGAUACGCCGUCUGCCUACUUGACAUUGCCCAGGUGGAACACAAAGAAGACAGGCGCCAUAACUUUUGACUUUCGCACCACAGAGCCCAACGGCCUGCUGCUGUUCAGCCACGGCAGCCUGCAGGGUACACAGCCCAACAGGAAGCCCAGGGCUGACUUCUUCGCGAUAGAGCUGAUGGAUGGAUUUCUCUACCUGGUCAUGGAUAUGGGCUCCGGGAGCAUCAAGAUGAAAGCCAGCAACAAGAGGCUGGACGAUGGCGAGUGGUGUCACGUGGACUUCCAGAGGAAAGGGCGCAAUGGCUUUAUCUCAGUGAACAGCCAGAGCGUCCCCUUUUCUGCUAAUGAAGGCAGUGAGAUCCUUGACCUCGAUGGGGACAUGUAUCUUGGAGGUUUACCCGAGGAUCGACAGGCCCUCAUGCUCCCCCCUGAGGUGUGGACAGCCUCCCUUAGCCUUGGCUACGUGGGCUGCGUGAGAGACCUCUUCAUUGAUGGGCAGAGCCGUAACCUGUGGAGGCUGGCGGAGGUUCAGAGUGCCACAGGUGUCAGCAGCUUCUGCACCAGAGAGACACAUGUCAGAUGCACCAGAGACACAUGUGCCAACGGCGGACACUGCAGAGAAGGCUGGAACCGCCACAUUUGUGACUGCAAUGGUACCGGCUACCUUGGUUCCAGCUGUGAGAAGGAGGCCACCACGGUGAGUUAUGACGGCAGCAUGUAUCUGAAGGUGGUGCUGCCAAGGACGAUGCACACGGAGGCUGAGGAUGUGUCCCUUCGCUUCAUGUCCCAGAGGGCCUUUGGGCUGCUGAUGGCAACCACCUCUCAGCAGUCAGCGGACACCCUGCGUCUGGAACUGGACGGAGGCAGAGUGAAACUCACUGUGAAUCUUGAUUGUAUCAGGAUAGACUGUAAUCUCAGCAAGGGACCGGAGAUACUCCUGGUAGGUGAGAAGCUGAAUGAUAAUGAGUGGCACACAGUGAAGGUGGUGCGGCGUGCGAAGAAUUUGCAGCUCUCUGUGGACAAUGUCACUGUGGAAGGUCAAAUGACUGGCGUCCACAGCCGCCUGGAGUUCAAUAACGUCGAGACAGGGAUCAUGACAGAGCGGCGUUUCAUCUCUGUGAUGCCUUCCAACUUCAUCGGCCAUCUUCAAGCUCUCUCUGUCAACGGGAUGCUCUAUCUGGACCAGUGCAAGAAUGGAGACAUCUCCUACUGCGAGCUGAAUGCUCGGUUCGGCAUGAGGCACAUUGUGGCCAAUCCUGUAACUUUUCUAACUCAAGCCAGCUACCUGGCCUUCUCCACCUUGCAGGCCUACGCGUCCAUGCACCUUUUCUUCCAGUUCAAGACCACCAGUCCUGACGGCCUGAUACUUUACAACUCUGGAGAUGGUAGUGACUUUAUCGUGGUGGAGCUGGUCAAAGGGUACAUUCAUUAUGUUUUUGACUUGGGAAAUGGGCCGUCACUCAUGAAGGGAAACUCUGACAAGCCACUCAAUGACAACCAGUGGCACAAUGUGGUGAUCUCCCGCGACAACAACAAUGUGCACAUCCUUAAGAUUGAUUCCCGCACUGUCACCCAACACGCCAAUGGAGCCCGCAACCUGGAUUUAAAAGGUGAGCUGUACAUUGGCGGUGUUGGCAAGAGCAUGUACAGCAGCCUGCCCAGGUUAAUAGCUUCGCGCGAAGGAUACAAGGGUUGCCUGGCAUCUGUGGACUUGAAUGGAAGACUCCCAGAACUGCUGGCCGACGCCCUCCACAAGGUGGGAGAGGUAGACCGCGGGUGUGGAGGUCCCAGCACCACCUGCACAGAGGACUCCUGCCACCACCAGGGAGUGUGUCUGCAGCUGUGGGAGGGCUUCUCCUGUGACUGCACCAUGACCACCUAUGGGGGGCCGUUCUGCAGCGACCCUGGGACCACAUAUAUCUUUGGAAAAGGGGGGGCUCUCAUCACAUUCACUUGGGCCCCCAACGAGCGGCCGAGCACCCGUGCUGACCGGUUAGCCGUGGGCUUCAGCUCUCAGCAGAAGGACGCCAUCUUGGUGCGAGUGGAGAGCACCCAUGGGCUCGGAGACUAUCUUCAGCUGCACAUAGAUCAAGGGAAAAUUGGUGUUAUCUUCAAUGUAGGGACAGAUGACAUCACCAUCGAUGAGCCUGCUGUCAUAGUAAACGACGGCAAGUACCAUGUUGUGCGCUUCACACGCAGCGGUGGCAAUGCCACUCUCCAGGUGGACAACCAUCCAGUCAUUGAGCGUUAUCCACCAGGACACUAUGAUAAUGAACGACUGGCUAUUGCUAGACAAAGAAUCCCAUACAGACUUGGUCGGGUAGUUGACGAGUGGCUACUCGAUAAAGGGAGACAGUUGACCAUCUUUAACAGCCAGGCAGCCAUUAAAAUUGGUGGCCAUGACAAGGGUCGGCCCUUCCAGGGUCAGAUUUCAGGGCUGUACUACAAUGGUCUCCAGGUGCUCAAACUGGCAGCAGAAAAUGACCCCAGUAUACAGGUGGAGGGGAACCUGCGUCUGGUUGGGGACUCGCUCUCCGUGUUGACAACUGACACUACCUCCGCCACCCCGCUGGCAGUGUCCGAUAUGUCCACCACAAUCAUGGAAACCACGACGACUAUGGCUACCACCACCACCCGCAGGCAGCGAUCACCCAGCUUAAGGGAGAGCAUCUCAAAGCCGCAGAACUCUGAUGAUAUUUUAGUGGCUUCAGCUGAGUGUCCAAGUGAUGAUGAGGACCUGGAAGAGUGUGAGCCAGGAACAGGAGGUGAAUUAGUGUUGCCUAUUAUAACAGUGGAUUCCCUUGAGUCCCCAUCCAUCGCCACCCGUUACCCCGUCAUACCUCCUCCCCCCACCCUCCUAUCCCCACUUGAAACCACCAAGGAGUCCCUGAUACUCCCUCCUCACCCUUCCUGCCCCCCAGACCAGGAGGACUGUGGUGACCCUGUGGAGGUCUCGGCCUUCGGCUCUGGGGAGAUGACGGAAUCAGAUGACGAAGACUUUUUCAAUAAUAACUCCCCCAUGGUCACUGACAGGACAGUCCUUCCUCCACCUCCCACCACUGGUGAGGGUGGAGUCAAGAAACCCCGACCCUUACCUCCUUAUGUUCCCACCACCAACCCUGACAAGCUCCACAUCCCCGCUGGCAAAAUGAACACCCGCGACCAGGUGCUUUUGCCCCCUGCUCCUCCAUCUUCCCGAAACACACCAGGACUAACUUACCCCCCCAAUUUUCCCCAUGUGCCCACAGCCAACCCCACAGCCUCUGAUGAAAAGAGCCAACCCGGGGCCGUGGAGGUGAUCAGGGAGUCCAGUAGCACCACAGGGAUGGUGGUUGGUAUUGUGGCUGCUGCUGCUCUCUGCAUUCUUAUCCUCCUCUAUGCCAUGUACAAGUACCGCAACCGGGACGAGGGCUCCUACCAGACAGACCAGAGUCACAAUUUUGCCAACAAUUCCACAGUGGAGGGAAACGGAGCAGUGGUCAAAGACAAAAGCACAGCAACGGCCUCUGUGGCCAAGGCAAUCACAAAGGGCAAAAAGAACAAAGACAAAGAAUAUUACGUCUGAGAACGGAGAAGGCAAGUGUGGACUGAGACAAUAGGAUCAGAGAGGAUUCUUUCAUUUUGCUCCCCUGUUUUUGUCAGGUCGACCAUCAGAGAAAUUUCACAGGCCACAAAAAACAACUGCAUAAAGCACUUGUUUCUUGGUUUAACAGUUACAUUUCUCUCAAAAGUCAAGGGUGCCCAGCUUGUAUUAGUGAUAAAAUCCUCAUCUACGGCACAAGAAAGAUCUAACUCAUCCUCUGUGUCAUAAUGUGCACUCUGCAUACACCAAUUCUUUGUUCCUUUUUUAAGUGUUUUUAAUAUGCUGGGAAGAGGCAUAUCCACUUCGGCUUUGUAUAUAGCAUGGUACAGUGAAGAAAGUGCUGAAAACAUCCGGACCGAUUUGCCUAAAUGUUUUCUUUGUAAUUCUUUGUAAUGCUCUAUCUCAAGUCUCAAUGUCCCCAUUAUGAUAUAUGAGGCAGAACCAGGCAAGUUAUUGAAUUUUUAUGGUAGAUGAGCAGAGAGCACCCCAGUAAUUCUGACUGCGCUCAAUAGGAAAGUCUUUCAGAUGAGACCUCAUCUCUGCAGCCUCCAUGUUAUGUUACGUGGUUUUACUCACUCUGCCUCUGUCCACAACAGAUGGUAUUAUGUUGCUGGUGCAGUAUCAUAAAUGAAGCAUGAUAUUUAGCAGAAAUACAGCAUUUAAAGGCAAUUAAAUCACUCAGCAUACUCUGGCCAGUGAGCCUUAUAGUAUGAUGGAUCAGAAAUAUUAUUUAUGUGAGAUGUCACAGUCAAUUUGCCAUGCCAUUCCAAGUAGGGAUAAUUGUGAACAAGUCAGUCUACACCAGUGAAGGUAUUUCUCUGUAAACAUUGCUUGUAUGUACAUAUAGAGAUUAGCAGAUUGAGAAAGCAUUGAGUAAGCAGGGGAAUAGAUAUGAAGAAGAAUAAGCGUCAUGAGAACCGCCGAAUCCCGAACUUCACAGGAUAUUUGGGGAACACAGAAUCACAUGAAGUUUGUCUUUAUGGAAAUGGAGAACCAACCUGCCUCAGCAGAGGCUGGCUCUCUCUUGAACUUUUCCUUUCUCAAAACAUGGGACACACAGACACGCACACACACAAAAAUGUAAACAUAUCUUUGAGACAUAUAUAUUCCUUGUAAAGCAGCCAAACAUAUUGUUUUUUUUCUAUCAGUUACUAAAAGACUAUUCUAUGAGAUGAUUAACUGAAGGUGUGUGAAUUGUAUUGAUAUUUCUCUGAUAUUUCGAUGUAUCUUGUUACCACUCCUCUUAACACGUUGCAUUUUAGAUUGCCUUUUACUUAAAUCCAGACAAAGAGCACACUUUCCUCUGAUAGCUGAAAAUAUGUUUUUGCAUUAUUUACAGUCCAGAUUAUGCAGAGAAAACACAAAGAUGGAACAAACAAAUGUUUUGUUUUGUUGCAUUGUGCAUUUUAUAUGUGCUGAAUCUGUUACUCAAUGGAUCUGAUAAUAUAAAGCCAUUUUCUGUGUUGAGUUAUGUCUACAUUUACUUAUUCAUGCUCUGUGAUUUCUUGUUCUUUUUUAUGAAAGUGCCAUUCGACAUGAGCUGCUCAGCACUCAGAAAAUAUUUCAUUCCUCACUCAUUGCUAUUGUAUAGUGUUCAUGUGAAAUGGAUCUUAAUAUGUGUACAGAACGUGGAUAAAGAUGAAAAUACACUUGAUUAUAUACUUUGU